CACCAAACCUUUGUCCUAUGGUUUUCCCCUCUCCCCUUCCACAAAUAUCUUUCCCAUCCCAGCCUUCUUUCCUCCCCUCUCCACAGAACAAAGAUCCCUCGCCGUGUUGCUUAUAAGUUGCUGUUUCAUUUUGCAAACAUUUCUCAAGCAAAAACAAUAUACUAUGUACAAAAAAAGGGAUGAAUAAAAAUUAGUCGUAAUUAACGGAAAAGAGCGUUUUCAGAAUUAUUAAGAUGCGUUGCGGUUGCGGAUUAGCGGCGAUUCCGGGAACCGACGCCCGCUUCUUUGUCCCCGACACGUCCUUCAUCCGGUUACGGAGACCUGUCGACCCCACCCGGGUCCAAUUCGGGUCGUUGAAAAUCAAGGCGAGGAUCAAUGAAGCGAGGAAGGAGGUGAGUUUCUAUGAGUUGCUGGGGAUACCCGAGACGGGUACUUUACCGGAGAUAAAGCAGGCGUAUAAGCAGCUGGCGAGGAAGUACCACCCGGACGUGUCGCCGCCGGAUCGGGUGGAGGAGUACACCCAGCGGUUUAUACGAGUCCAGGAGGCUUAUGAGACUUUGUCGGAUCCGAGGAGGAGGGCGUCGUAUGAUCGCGACUUGGCUUUGGGGAUUCAUCUUGCUUUCUCUGCUAGACGACGUUACCAAUACGAUGAGGAACUGGAAGAGCGGAGUGAGUGGAAAAAUCGUUGGCAAUCUCAGCUAUCAGAGCUGAAGAGAAGAAGCAUGAAUAGGGAUGCCAGAGGAAACAUGUCAUGGGGAGCUCGAAUGCGCAGGCAAAGGGAUGAAUCUUCCAGAGAACAAUAAAUAACUUCCCUAUUUCCUCCACGCAUACAAAUAUGAAUAGCCUUUUGGUUAGGUUUUUGGUUUUAUCUUUGUCUAUAUUAUAGAUGGCGACUGGUUUAGCAUUGCUCAAAAGAGAGUACUUUCAAUGCUAAUUUAGCAUUUUAUCGAAAAUCAAAUGCCCAACUGUCUUUCAGCCAUAUUAAUCAUACUAAGUUACUAACACACGAUUGUACAUAAAUUUUAUGUAGAAUUUAUCUUGCUCAAGUUAUUUGCUUUGUUUUCAUGUA